AUGGCUGGAUGGUUGAUGAAUAAUCAAAAGUUAAGUCCUAUGGGGUUGAUGAUCAACAAAGAUGAGAUGAAUUAUGUGUUUGGUCAAAAACAAAAAUCAAGUCUUGAUUUUCUUAUGCAGAAUUGUGACUUGCCACCACCUCUCAAGGUGUUUUCUGGUCCUGAUAUGAAUGAUGAUAAUGUUAAGGAGGUGAAUAUCGAGGUUAGACGAGAACUAGGGAGUGAUAGGUUGGAGGUUCUAAAGGCGUUGAGACGAUCACAGACACGAGCAAGAGAGGCAGAGAGGAAGUACCUGGCAUUGCAGAAGGAGAAGGAAGCUCUUUCGAAUUUAAUGUUGGAUGAAUCAGCGCGAGCUCUUGCUUAUAGGAACUGGAUCAAAGUUCUUGAGCUACAACUUCUGCAGUUGAAAACACAAAAACAGCAGAAACAGCAGCAGAAACAAUAUGAACAAUGGAACAGAACAAAAGAAGAUGAAAAUGGUACAAAUGGUGUAACAUGGCUCAUAGCAGUUGCUUUCUGUUUAGGCAUAGCUGCAAUUGGUUACAGAUACCUCCUUUGA